AUGAAGAGUUGGGCCAACGUAGCCCAGGCCUUUGCAGUUGUCACUCAGCGGGAGAUUAGGCGCGUUCUGUGCACUGAUUACCGCGCGGAUAGACUAGGGCUCCAACUUGUCCGGAGAACAAAUCGAGGGCGGCGGAGUAGGAAAAAGAGCAUGAUUGUUCCGGCGAGAAUCGCCGGCAAGCUUCCCCUUCUCGUCUCUUCUUCCCGCUCUUCAAUUAGAGCAGCUGGGUUACCCAGAAUCGGGAUUUUGAGGAAUCCGAACCAGAGAAGGAGAUUGGUUUCUGGGUCCGCAAAGAUGAUGGCUUUGAGCAGCUUGGAGAGCUGUAAUGCGGAGGUGAUUGAAGUUGAGAACUCGCUCGGCGCCGUCCGGCCUGCCGCGGAAGAUUAUGCAGAAGAGGCUGUUCAAGCUCUCAGAGACGGCAAGGUCAUAGCUUUGCCCACUGAUACUCUCUAUGGUUUUGCUUGUGAUGCUUGUUCUUCAGAAGCAGUGAAUAGGAUUUAUGACAUCAAAGGUCGCAAGCACACGAGUCCACUUGCAAUCUGUGUUGGGGAUGUAUCAGACAUAGAGCGGUUUGCAGUCACUGACCACCUGCCUUCUGGCUUACUGGACUCCUUACUUCCUGGGCCUGUCACUGUAAUACUGAGUCGAGGAGCUUUAAGCGUGCUUGAAAAGUCUCUAAACCCGGGACUGGACAGCAUUGGUGUCCGGGUGCCUGACUCUAACUUCAUCAGGGCGGUAUCUCGGGGUUUGGGAAGAGCGAUAGCCCUAACCAGUGCUAACCUCAGUGGCCAGCCAAGUAGUGUUUGCAUCAAUGAUUUCCAGAACUUGUGGCAGGAAUGUGCCUUUGUGUACGAUGGUGGUGUGCUUCCAUCUGGACGUACUGGAUCAACGAUCGUAGACCUCACCCGAGCUGGAAAGUACAGGAUUCUUAGACCUGGAAGCGCAAAGGAAGAGACAGUUGCCAUCAUCGAAAAACAUUCUUUAGUAGAGGAUGAAGCUGUUAGCCAAUGAAGGGGAGGGGGGAGUUACACAGAAAUCACAAAUCCGGUUUCAAUGGCUCCUUACGCGCACAGAAUCUCAGAGUGGUUACCAUUCAAUCAUGUUAUUCUCUUUCGAAUGGUGGCAUCUCGGUACAGAGCAACCAACCAUGUGUCAAAGUUCAAGUCGGUGCUGAUCUAUCAUUGAUUUCAUCACGAGUUUAUUCGAUCUUGAACCGUUAAAUCUUCUUAUUGGGUCCCGUUUCGAGGAGAGUUCUGCACUAGUUGUUAGACAUGAUAUCAUUAUGGAAAAGUAGCAUGUCGACAAAGAGGGAGGUUGUGGGAUGGUAAUGUUACUGCUGCUGCAAUUGUAUACUGCAUGUGGGAAUUGAGUAGCAUGCCAUGUUAGACUUGUGUUUCUCGUUCUGAGUUUGUAGUAGCAUUAUAAUAACCCACAUGCCGGAUUGGACCCGAAAUCAACAGGUUGAUUUUGUGUACGGCUGCAACGAAAAAAACCCAUGAAUGAACC